GGAGGCGGCCAGGGGAGGGCUCUGCUCUGGGCAGCCUCCCCCUCCCCCUCGCCCAGCCUGGAGUACUGAGCACAGAGGGACAGAGCCCCCAGAAAUGUUGCGCUCUGGACGCAGGCCCUGGGCCCUGCCCUUCCUCUGCCUCUGCGUUGUGGUCCUGGCCUGCGUUGUGGAAUGCCAGAAAAAAGUGUUUGCUGGAACCCUGAGCCCCCCACCAGAGCUGGUGAGUAGUUCCUGGAACCAGGUGCGGAGCAGAAUGACGAAGUUGCUGGAACCGCUGGUGACAAGAACUAGAGAGAAGUGGCAGUGGUUCCAGGUCCCCAGGACUUUCCAGGGCUUUGUGCAGACAUACUAUGACGACCACCUGAGGGACCUGGUUCCUCGCACCCAGGCCUGGCUUUGGAGCUCCAAGGACAGCCUCCUGAAAACGGCUCACAACCUGUGUCCCCAGUUUCUCUGUCAGGACAGAAACCAGCACUAAAGCGUUCACAGCCUCCACAAUAAAGAAAUUCUUCUCUGUG